AUGAGAUUCCCGACAGAGAACGCCACGGGAGAUAAGCGGGAACUAAUUGGAUACCUUUGCUACGGCUCAUCUCUGACAUUCAUCAUGCUCCCCAGCCACACUUGUGUCAACCGCACUACUCACGUUUGGAGCUGGCACCUGGUGCUCUCCCUGGGCGUUCCUCAGCUGACCAUCACCUUCAUCUCCGUGGUCUUCAACUCUGCCAUCAUCUUCAGCGUCGCGCACUCCAAAGACCUGCACAAGCCCAUCUUCAUCCUUUUCUGCAACCUGGCCCUGUCCGACCUCCUCUCCAGCGCCUCGGGAUUCUGGAUCGCCCUGGUGUUUGUCACCAACCCCCAAAGCACCAUCGUCGGGUCCAGCGAAACCCUCCGGGCGUACGCCUUCUACGCCACGUCGAUCCUGGCCACCAUCUACAACCUCGUUGCCAUUGGGAUUGAGCGCUACCUGGCUGUGGUCGAAAGCCUGAAGUCGAGAUGCUGGAUUACCAGAAACCAGACCUUUGGGAUCUCGCUGCUUAUUUGGCUGUUUUCCUCCUUCUUGGGCUUCAUGCCCUUGAUGGGGUGGAAUUGCUUGGACAGGGGCAACAUCUCUGCUCUAUAUAGCCCUCUUUGCAUCGACUACCUCGUCUUCCUCACCAUCCCCAACUGUGCCGUGGCUUUAAUUCUGCCGUUCUUCACCUACUUCAACAUCAUUAGCUUUUUGAGAAAGCACAAGCUGGCCAUGGGCGUCCUAGGACAGGCCCGUCCCACCUACCGGCUGGCCGAGAUCCAGGUAGCUAAGACGAGCGUGUUCAUCUGGCUCCUGGCUCUGUUUUCUUACGCGCCCUUCUUCAUAGGUGUCGUGUUUGAUUCGGCCACUCAGCGGUGCCCCAGCGAGCUCCCCGUGGGCGUCUACGUCUUCCGAAACCUCACGGCAAUGAUGAUUACCAUCAAUUCGCUGGGGAACCCCAUCAUAUACACCCUGAACGUGAAAAGGCUGGGGCGCCGGCUCAAGUCUUUGAAACGCGCCCCCAAAAAUCGCAUUGCCGUCCAAGCCAUUGGGGAUGCGUGA